AUGGCAGACUUCGACGGGGAAGAAGACAUGGCGCUGAGAGUGUUCGGGACGCCUGAGCGUGACCUGAGACGACGCUUCCUACACCCACUCGGCUACCCAGUCUCCCCGGGCGAGGAGGGACAAGAAGAAGAGGUAGACAGUAACCAACAGCAGCCCGUCGAGCAACCCAGCGACGUUCCAGUUCAGGAGGAAGACUUGCCGCCGAGUCCGGAGCCCUUGCUCUACACACCCACCGCCGUGGACCACGUUGUAGCGCUGCUCUUUCACCUCUGCGCCGCCUUUUUCUUCGUCUACAUGAAGCUGGAGACGGACAGCGUGUUGGCCAGGAUAAAGCAGGAGAAGGGGCUGGUUAUGCCAGGUUCUGACAAUUACGGAGGAAGAUUGAAGUUUUUAACUUUUCUCAACUUUCAUGUCCAGAUCAUGUACUUUGUUCUGGCGUUGCUGUGCGACUUGCUGCCGGUCGGACAGAAGGAGCUGCAAAGGUUUCGCGACUUUAUCUUCACCACUAUCGCCUUACCCUGUGCUCUGGUGGUGACAUCAAUGUUCUGGAUGUUUAGCCUGACACCGUUCCUUCGUGACUAUGCGGUGGGAGCAGACGACAGUCCAGUUGCCCUGAUGCUGAAUGCCUUGCCACAACAUGUCAUACACACCUCACAUACAGCCGUGGGAUUUCUGGUAAUAAUCGAGGCACUACUUGUCUACCAUCGCUACUCCUCUAACUCUGACGCCAUCAAAACCAUUUUCAUCUGGAAUGGCUGCUACGCCCUAUGGAUCUACUGGUGUUACUAUUAUGCUGGAGCACUGCCAUACAUUCUCCUCCAUAACCUCGGACCCUAUCUGAUGCAUCUCGUUUUGCUGCUGUUCCUUGUUGUUAGCAUCGCGUCUUACUUCUUUGGAAAGAAAAUUACCUCAUGGAGCUGGGCUGGAGAGGUCAACUGAAGGACUGAUCAAAGCGAACUUCUACCCAUUAGCUAAACUACCUUACUUUUCACGUUUUUUAGAGGAUUGUUUGCUUAUAUAGAAGUGUAUUUUUCGUAGGCUGCAAUGUUUUUUCCCUUUUGUAUCUCAGAGCGGUAUUUUUGCAUUGUUAAAAAGCAUCUUUUGAACACACGUACAAACAACGAACGGAAUACUGAUGAAAGGAAAUGACAUAAUGUGAUAAGGAAAUCUAGGAUCUUUCACGAGCGAUGUCGCGAAGUGCGCGAUUCGACUACCUGGAGUGAGAGAACGGGCCCCGAUACUUGCCGUUUGCACAGGUGUGACAACCGCUUGUGCAUGGAGCUAUAGCUAUUCAAGUGUCUUCUAGUCCCUCUUUCUCUCCGCACCAGUCCAGGGCUACUUGCUGCCAAAGAAAUCUGCUCUUUCUUUGCUAGCAAACUCGGCGAUUCUUGAUGUGAUAGGCGUGCCUCUUUUUUCACAAUUUCCCCGGCUUCCGAAAUUGGGAGAAGUUUAUCUGUUCUUGCUUGUGAUGAGGACGUCAAUGCUGCGCUCGUUACAUCUUCCGCGGGCAAAGGAACCAAUUUACAUCUAAACGGACAGGGGGUGAUUUUUAGGGGGGCAAACACGGGUCCCCCGAAUUUUCCACAGUACUCUAGCAGUGAUUCUCCGUUCUGUGUAGGGCUUUUAGGGCAGCUUGUCAAGAUGGGGCUAGUAACCCUCUGUUCGAUGUACGACCUUGAGGUUUUCCCGCCGUCCGUUUCUUCUGUCGUACGUAACGGGAGAGAGGGAGAGGAGGAGGAAGAGGAAGAAAAGGGUGGACUGCUGACGUGUCGGUGUUGCUGGUUCUGCGGUGGAGACAGAGUGGAAAGAACGUAGGCCUUGAACUCCACCUGGUAGUGGCCUUUGUAGAAGAAGACAAACGAUAGCUGGUGGUUGUAGGUUUGACCUGGAUCCAACUGCGGAGUCCUCUGUAGAAGGUUCCCGCUAUUUAUCAUCCUCCCAGUCAACUCGUGGCUGAUCCGAUGACCCAGGAAUUCACACGCGUCCACCAACAACCAAGACGGAGAUAUAAUACAAUCUGUAUUGUUGGUGAGAGUUAGUUUCACGUUGACUGGAGUCCCAACACUGCACUCCUGAGUAAUAUCUCUCCCAGUAGCUAAUUCCUGGCCGUUUACCUCCAGAUCUGCACGUAAUAUACACACAGAAAUGUGAAAACGGUUUUCUUUACGGUUUACUACCAAAAAUCUGCAUAUGAUAGACAC